CCCAAAGCUCCUCCUCUGUCAUCAGUGAGUGAGCUGAGCGGUCACAUUUUUAUUUUGCUCCAUGAGCACAAAGAGGGCACCGGAGAAGAUUUCCUGAUCUCAGCGUGCUGCUGCCUGCUUUAGUUCAGUCUCCUCGGUCUCAGCUGAAGCUGAUAUGAAGACAUCGGUUGGCGAACCGGAUCCUGGACAGCACCUGAAGCCUUCUCGACUUAUUUGAAACUGAGGAGAACGCCAUGCGUCGUCUCCGAUAAAGCCCGCUCCUUCACUCUACUCUGACUACUCGCCAAGGGCGAGGACACGAAGAGCUACCAGGUCAUGGGUUCUGAUCAAACCUGCAUGGACUCUCCAGAGCAACGAUUCAUGCUGGGUCCAGCCCCGAAGCAGAUGGGCCGGCGGCGUCUGCGGAAAAAGCUAAGGCCUGUGCGAGUCUUAGGAUUGGUCAUCAGCCUGAUGGCCUUAAGUGCUGUCUCCGUCAGUGCCUUGACCAGAAGUUCAGAUGGUCCCAGCAGGCCAGCGCUUCCCCAGGAGACUCUUCACCAAUCGGCCCCCCACAGGACCCUACUCUUCACCCAACACCAGAUAGACCCAGACAUGUCAGAAGACAUGCCCAUAGCCAUGAAAUCAACAGCAGAUGACAACAAGACCCAGGGGGACUACCCACCAGACCUUUUUAGCCUUGAGGAGAGGCGCCGAGGAGCUGUGGUCCUCCACAUGUUUGGCAUGAUCUACAUGUUCAUCGCUUUAGCUAUCGUGUGCGAUGAGUUCUUUGUCCCAGCGCUGACAGUGAUCACAGAGAAGCUCACCAUUUCAGACGAUGUGGCAGGUGCCACCUUCAUGGCGGCGGGAGGUUCUGCCCCAGAGCUCUUCACCUCCAUCAUCGGCGUCUUCAUCUCACACAGCAACGUGGGUAUCGGGACCAUCGUGGGGUCAGCCGUCUUCAACAUCCUCUUUGUCAUCGGGAUGUGCGCCAUCUUCUCCAAGGAGAUCCUCAACUUGACGUGGUGGCCCCUCUUCCGCGACGUGUCCUUUUACAUCCUGGAUCUGAUCAUGCUCAUCAUCUUCUUCUUGGAUAACAUUAUCACCGUUUGGGAAAGUGUCACGCUUCUCUCCGCCUACGCCACCUACGUGAUCUUCAUGAAGUUCAACGGGAAAAUGGAAGGCUUUGUCAAGGGCUGCAUGCACAAGAACCAAGUAGUGGAAGUUGAGGUGCAGCCAAAGGCGAGUCCCGGGGCGCCUGAGGAUGAUGGCAAGUUGUCGGCCAGGCCUCGGCUUCAGAGAGGAGGUAGUUCGGCUUCUCUGCACAACAGCUUGAUGAGGAACAGCAUUUUCCAGCUGAUGAUUCACACUUUGGACCCAUUGAGCGAAGGUAAAUUUCGAGAAAAGGCGUCCAUCCUUCACAAGAUCGCUAAAAAGAAAUGCCAGGUUGAGGACAGUGAGAAGGCCAAUGGAGUAGCAAGCCGUACAGAUAAGAACCUCCCUAACAGCUCCAGCGUGGAAGUGGAAGUGACCCCACCUAUGAACGGAACAGCAGGACAGGAGGGGGAGACGGCUGAAGAUGAAGAAGAGGAGGACCAGCCUCUGAGCCUGUCCUGGCCCGAAUCCAACCGCAAGCGCUUCACCUAUCUCUUCAUCAUGCCGGUCGUCCUGCCCUUGUGGCUAACGCUGCCAGAUGUCAGGAAAACCUCGUCAAAGAAGUUCUUCCCCAUCACAUUCCUGGGUGCCAUCUGCUGGAUUGCAGGAUUCUCCUACUUGAUGGUGUGGUGGGCUCACCAGGUUGGCGAGACCAUUGGGAUUACAGAAGAGAUUAUGGGUCUGACUAUAUUAGCAGCUGGAACCUCCAUCCCUGACCUCAUCACCAGUGUCAUAGUGGCACGCAAGGGGCUGGGUGAUAUGGCUGUUUCCAGCUCUGUGGGCUCCAACAUCUUUGACAUCACUGUUGGACUACCUUUUCCCUGGCUCCUGUGGUCCCUCUUCAGGGGUUUGAAACCGGUGCAAGUCAGCUCCAACGGCCUCUUCUGUGCCAUCGUGCUCCUCUUCAUCAUGCUCCUCUUCGUCAUCAUCUCCAUCGCCGCAUGCAAGUGGCGCAUGAGCAAGCUGCUGGGCUUCAUCAUGUUCAUGCUGUACUUCGUCUUCCUGGUGGUUAGCGUCAUGCUGGAGGACAGAGUGAUCACCUGUCCGGUGUCCAUCUGAGGACCUGUCCGUCAUCCCCACGACGUCCACCCUCGCCUGACCCUCGUGAUCCUUUGCUUCACGAAUAAUAAAGAAAAGAAGAAAACUGGCGUUGACAGGAAACAAAUCAACAAGACCAGCUUGGAAGGUUUUGUAUCAACCUAAACUGAUUGGAUUGUCACCUUUUUUUUAUUUCACUGGCAGGUGAGACUGGUAGAGGUGGUGGAUUGAUGGGUGUAUGUCACAAAUAGAAGUAUUAUGCAUGCCAUUAGUUUUACUGGAGGAGGUUAAAUCGAUCUGGUUUUUGUGAGAAAUAAAAAGAACCAAGAGUUGCACAUUGUAUAAACUAACAAAUGCAGUGACAGAUCAUGAAUGGUGAGCUUUUUUGAGCCUAACAGACUGAAACACCGUCAGCAAGAAGGAUAAAUGGAUGUAGAUGAUUUCUUUUUUUGUUCCAAAUGGGUUUCCUCCAUGGUGGUAUCAAGACUAUUUGCUUUGUGUC